AUUAACUUUCAUGUCGGCUAUUCUGGCUUUCCAAGCGGUGGCAUUCACUGCUCCAAGUGAUGUCACGGCUCUUCAAGAUUUUUACGAGGCUCUUAACAGCCCUCCGCAGCUGAAGGGAUGGAGAUUGGAUGGUGGGGAUCCUUGUGGUGAAUCAUGGGUUGGAGUGUCAUGUUCUGGGUCAUCUGUAAUACACCUUAAACUUCAGGGGCUGAACCUCUCGGGGUAUCUUAGUGCACAGCUCCAUAAUAUGUUCAACCUGAAGACACUGGAUGUUAGUUCCAAUAACAUUGUGGGUGAAAUUCCAUAUGUCUUACCCCCAAAUGCCACUCAUAUCAAUCUGGCAUGCAACUCUUUGACCUCUAUUCCUCAUUCUUUACCUGCCAUGAAAAGUCUCCGACAUUUGAAUCUAAGCCACAAUUUGUUAUCUGGACCUGUUGGCAAUGUUUUUACAGGCCUGCAGAAUUUAAGAGAACUGGAUUUGUCAUACAAUAACUUUACUGGAGAUCCCAAUUCAUUCAAAUCCUUGGCAAACCUCACUGGAUUGUUCUUGCAGAACAACAAAUUUAGUAGAUCAGUUGCUUAUCUAGUUGAGCUUCCACUAACUAAUCUGAACAUCGAAAACAAUGAUCAUCAGAUCAAUUUUUCCAAUGUUUUCCAAGAAGAACACAAGAGUAAGAUAAAAAAAAAAGAUAUAUCUUGCUCUUAUGUUCACUGUGUUUAUUGGGGUUGGCCUAGUAUUGGCUAGCAACCUCAAUAAGGGGAAAAGGAAACUUACUGACGAAGAAGAAUUAGGACCUCAGAUUCAGAGGUUUACAAAUGCACCAAAAGACUUGGAUGAGAGGUUUGAAAAAGGUGGAUUCAUGAAGCUGGUGGAGUGGCAGGUGGUAGAGGGGAAAGAUAUGAAUGAGCUGAAUAAAAAAGUGAAUAAGUUGGAGAGGAGGAAGAAACGCCCCUCACCGCCGAUGAAGAAAGGAGUGCAACUUAUUUGUCAACAACCCGAUGAAGAUUUCAAAGAUCCCGAUCCUGAUAUCUAGUAUACACUAAUAUCACAACACUGCUUUCAUACUUUUCCAAGAAUUUUUUUUUUUUUUUUUUUGGGGUCAAUCUCCAAUAUGGAUUUAUUCCUCAAGUAGCCCCUGAAUAUCUUACUCAAGUACACUCUCUUCUUUGUGAUGGUUAGAUUUAGUCCAAAAAAAAAAUUAUAUCGGUUUGAUGGGAGAGUAGAUGUUAACUUCAUAUUAAAAAAAGAUUGUAGAAUAUCUCUGCCACAAGAUUUAGGCCUCACACGCGGCCCAAAAGUCCCCUUACACACAUGCGUCAGCUGGGGCCUAUCUUGUCCUUUGUUUGCAUGUGGCCUGCACAUCAGCCCAAAAGCUCCUAAUUUUUCCCACAAUCAAACCCAACAAUUUUAACUCAAUCAUAACUGUAGUUGUUUUCUCCGUCUCCCUUAUCUUUUAGAUUUAUUUCUUUGUACCAAAAAAAACAAAAAACA